AUGCGUCUCCUGCCCGAGCCCAGCGCCCAGUCCCUCCGGCUCCUCUUCCUCUUUAUCUUCGUGAUGGGGGUGGCCCCGUCCCCGGCUUUGACGGCCGGCUGCCCCGACAGAUGUGUGUGCGACGACCAGCUGGUGGUCCAGUGCGCCGGGCAGGACCUCGCCGUCUUCCCCAACGAUCUCCCCCUCGCCACCCGGCAGCUCAUCAUUUCCAACAACCGCAUCGUGGACCUUCCUGCGCUGCAGCUCAACUACCUGUCCGAUUUGGUGUAUCUGGACUGCAGCAACAACUCUCUGAGUGAGAUCUCCGAAUCCACCUUUGGGAACCUCCGGAAGCUCGCCUACCUGGACCUGUCGUUCAACUCCCUGUUGCAGAUCGAGGACCGGACGUUCGGGCCCCUGGCGUCUCUGGUGAUGCUCCGGCUGACGGAUAAUCCGAGUCUCGCGGAGAUCCACCCUGAUGCCUUCGCGGAGAACGUGGCUCUGCAGGUCCUGGAUGUGAGCCGGAACAACCUGACGGUCCUCAACAUCAGCACCCUGAUCGCCCUGCCGGCGCUGCGAUCUCUGGGGCUGAGCGGCAACCCCUGGAGGUGUGACUGUGACACAGAGGAUCUCUGCCUGUGGGUGCAGAUAGAAGGCUUCAAGUUCCAAGACGAGGGCCAGACGGUGUGCCAGGGCCCUCCCGAGCUGGCGGGCCAGCGGUUGGCAGAGGUCGGCAUGCAGCUGCGGGCAGACUGCCACCAAGGCCUGGGCUACUGGGACUACCUCUUCUUCAUCGCUAUCGGCUUCGUCAUCUUCUCGGCUGGCACGGUGUCGGCCUGGGUGAUGGGUGUGCUCAUGGUGCUGUACGAGCGCUACAGCAAGAGGAAGAGCGAGGAGCUGGACAGUGACGACGAGGACGACAGAGGAGGGAUGGGCGGAGGAGGAAUAGGAGGGAACCAGGGCAACGGGGACCUCAGCAAGCCGGGCAUGCAAGUCUGACAGACUGAUGAGGAAGCAACAGGAGGAGGGAAGUGCAGGAGGGAAGGAGGAGAGGACAAUGAGACCAAAGGCUCUGUUACGAACCCUGAUCUGACUGUCUCUCUUUGUUACAGGUUUAGAUAGUGACACAAAAUGCUCUCCAACCUACUGGACAGAAAGCACGCGUCUGUGCGUGUGUGUGUGUGUGUGUGUGUGUG